CAACUACCACACGCGAAGUCCAUCCAUUCACAAUUUUUUUCAGAGAACAAUUACGGCCAAGUUCACGUAGCGGCAUGUCUUGGAUUUGUGACAGAAACAGUCGUGUUAUAGUCGGGGUUCUUGCGUAUGUGUAAAGCCAAGAAAAUGAUGUAGAAAGCAUACAUAUCUAGUAAAAUAUAUUUCCCAGGAGACAAGACUGGAGAUCUUUGGUAGAGAAAGUAACGAAGGAAAAAAUAAAUAACUUUACAAAAAAAAAAAAAAAAAAUGGUCGAAAUCCAGAUGUCUACGUUGGGGCUCGUGGGUGAGUGGAGGAAACCAGCCCAUAGGACACAGUACCUGGCUGCUCUCUCUGCCUCCAUGGGCGCCAUGGCCGUGGGCUCAGCCAUAGGAUACUCCUCCCCUGCCAGUGCCGCCCUGCUCUCCAAACCGCCCACAAACACCUCGGACAAUACCACCAGCGCCCCUGAAUGGCUGGCGGAGAACGAUCACCAACUGACACUGACGCCGAUGGAAAACAACUGGUUCGCCGCCUCCCUUAGCGCCGGUGCCCUGGUCGGCUGUGUGGUCGCGGGGUUUAGUCUGAACACCUUGGGGAGGAAGGGAACCAUGCUGGCUUCGCUCGUGCCGCUCAUGCUAGGGUGGGCGUUGAUAGGUUUUGCACAGAACAUCGGCAUGCUCGUAACCGGUCGUGUUUUAUGCGGAUUGUGUACUGGAGUUACGUCAUUGGUAUGCCCGACUUAUACCACUGAGUAUGCUUCGAAAGACAUACGGGGCACAUUAGGUUCUGGCUUCCAACUCUUCAUUACCAUCGGCAUUCUUUACGCUUACCUCUUCGGCGCCGUCGUGGAGUCCUGGCGGUGGCUGGUCCUCGUCUGCGCUGCCGUCGGGGGCGUCUACUUCCUGCUGGCGAUCUUCAUCAAGGAGUCUCCUACGUUCCUGCUGUCCAAGGGCAAGGAGGAGGAAGCGAGGGCGUCGAUGCAGUAUUUUCGAGGAAAGUCCUACGACAUCGAGCCGGAGAUGAAAGCCCUGAAGGAGUCCCUGGAGGAGGCAGCCAAGAACAAGGUGUCCUUAUCUGACCUCAAGGAACCUUAUAUCUUGAAGCCCUUGGCCAUUACUCUCGCCCUUAUGGUGUUUCAGCAGGUAGCGGGCGUCAACGCUGUCAUAUACAACAUUAAUCUCAUCUUCCAGGCCUCCGGAACCAGCAUAUCAGAUGACCUGAGCAGCAUCGUUGUAGGUCUUGUACAGGUCAUCGCAACAGCUGUAGGUUCUUUCCUGAUCGACCGAGCCGGCAGGAAAUUCUUGCUAAGUUUCUCUGCUUUUACCAUGUCACUUUCCAUAGUCAGUCUCGGCAUCUUCUUUUAUAUCAAGUCAACGGACGAAUCCUUUGCCUAUGAACAUCUAGGCUGGCUUCCCCUCACUUCACUCAUGGUCUUCAUCUCUGCCUUUUCGAUUGGCUAUGGCCCUAUUCCGUGGGUCAUGAUGGGUGAGUUGUUUUACCCGAACGUGAAAGAAGCGGCGGGAAGCAUGGCGACGACUCUCAAUUGGACCUUUGUGUUUAUUGUGACUUUCGUCUUCGCUCCUCUCCAGGAGGCCAUCCACGACUACGGCGCCUACUGGCUGUUCGGCGGACUGUGUGCUGUCAACUUCCUCUUCUGCGUCCUUUUCGUCCCCGAGACCAAGGGCAGGACGCUACAGGAGACCAUGGCGCAUUUUGGGGGUCCAGCGGCGUGAAUGUGAUCAAGGAUGUGUUUUUCUUUUCUUUUUUUUUCGUUUUUUCUCUUUUGAUCUUUUCGUUUUUUUAGUAUUUCGAAUUUUCUCUUUCUCUUUCUUUCUCUCCUUUUUUCGUGUUUCUUCUGUCUUUUUUUUUUCUCUCUCUCUCUUUCUCUUUUUUUAUUUGACGAAAUUUGGUGCUGAUAAUAGUUUAUUAUCAUUCUCUCUCUUUUUUUUUUAAAGGAAAGUGAUGUUGAAAUUGAGAUUAUUAAACAAUGUUUAACUAAUUAUUUUACGGGUGAAGACUGAAUGAUUAAUAAUUUUCUUAAUGAAGCAAAGAUCACUAAUCAUAUAUUGAUGCUAGAGCUUUGAUGACUUAAUUAUAUCGGUAUUCAAGCUUAAUUGCUUGAAGGUUAUGUUGGUGAUAAAGCGUUUUUGAUAAUUAUGACGGUGUUGAAACAUGGGUGAAGGUUAAUAUAUGUUGGUGAUGAGGCAUGGGUGAUAAUUGUGGUGUUGAAGCGUGGGUGAUGAUUGUGAUGUUGAAGCACGGGUGCUUAGUUAUGUUGGUGUUGAAUGUGGUGUUGAAGCGUGGGUGAUGAUUCUGGUGUUGAAGCGUGGGUGAUGAUGGUGGUGAAGCGUGGAUGAUUCUGGUGUUGAAGCGUGGGUGAUGGUGGUGUUGAAGCGUGGGUGAUGAUGGUGUUGAAGCGUGGGUGAUGAUGGUGGUGAAGCGUGGGUGAUGGUGGUGAAGCGUGGAUGGUGAUGAUGGUGGUGGAGCGUGGGUGAUGAUGAUGGUGGUGAAGCGUGGGUGAUGAUGGUGGUGAAGCGUGGGUGAUGAUGGUGGUGAAGCGUGGAUGAUGAUGAUGGUGGUGAAGCGUGGGUGAUGAUGGUGGUGAAGCGUGGAUGAUGAUGAUGGUGGUGAAGCGUGGGUGAUGAUGGUGGUGAAGCGUGGAUGAUGAUGAUGGUGGUGAAGCGUGGGUGAUGAUGAUGGUGGUGAAGCGUGGGUGAUGAUGAUGGUGGUGAAGCGUGGAUGAUGAUGAUGGUGUUGAAGCGUGGGUGAUGAUGAUGGUGGUGAAGCGUGGGUGAUGAUUGUGGUGUAGAAGCGUGGGUGAUGAUGGUGUUGAAACAAGAAUUAAUAAUUAUAUGAGAACGAAAGGGUAUGUAGGCAUGAUCCGUUUUACGUGAAUUUCGUUUUUUUUUCUCUCUUUUUUUUGACCGAGAUUUGUACAUAAAACUACUGUUAAUAUGACAAGUGUAUAGAUAUAGCUUUUAUCCAGAAAUCUGUAGAUUGUUGUAUAUAAUCAGACAACUUUUUGGUUUCUAAUAAUAGUAAACUAACACAUACUAAUACGGUUUUAUAGGAUUUGCUAAUAUGGUAAAAUAAUUCUAGUAAUGUUCUUGAUUGUAAAAAAUCGAAAACAUUGGAUUUUAAUUUGUGAACCAAGAGCUAGUAUUUAACUAAUAUAUAUGUAUCUUGUAUAUUGUGAAUAACCUGUUGUGUCAUAGUUUUUUGUAGUAAAUACGUACAACAUUUUUUUCUAAAAUAUUGAACAGAUAUUUGAAGUCGCCAUGACGUUCGUCACUUGUUUUUUUUUCAUAAAUACUUUCAUAAGAGAACUAAUAAUCGAUUGAUAGUUUAUAGAUAUUAACUAACAGCUAAACACACUUUAAAAUAAAUGAAAAACUAGAUAAUAUACCUAAAUAUAUUUUAUAUUUGAAUUCCGACUUUCAAUUUCUUUCACACAUUCGCUCAAUCAUUUGUCUCAUUUAAUCACAAAUUCACACACAUCAUUCGUACCUCUUUCCCUGAAUGAAGUUACGAUUAAUUGAUAAGUACAAUAUAAUAGAUACACAACAAUGCAUUUUUUAUCAAGGUAAGAUUACACAGAUAAAAAAAAUAAAUCCGCAUCGCUGUUAGGAUAUACCCAGUUUAGCCUAAUAACGUAAUUUUGAGUCAGUGUUUUUUUAUAAGAUCUGCGGAAAAAGGGAGAGCCUUGAGUGUGUUAUUAUCAUUGAUGUAUUAUCUUGUUUUGAACAUCAGUAUCAGUACUACUUGGCCGAAGAAAUAGUUCUAUAUGACAUUUGAUGUCUAGCCCUUUUAUUUGUAUUAAGCAUUAAUACUGGCCGGAGAAAAAUAAGCGUAGGUAUAGGUAAAUGGAUAUACAUACACACAUACAUACAUACACAAAAUCUGUGUGUGCGUGUGCGUGUGCGUGUGCGUGUAAUAUAUACGAGUAUGUGUAUCGCAUUGGAAUCCGGGUUCACACUCGGUCAGUUCCUCUCACUCAGAUCAAUUGCUGAAGUCAAAGUCGGGAGAGAAUGGAUCUGGCCUCCUUGCAACAGCAUCCCGCGCCUUAGAAUGCUAAUUUCUCUGCGGGUAUGCAACGGCUGGUUAGCAAGAUAUGUUAUCCGUAAUAUUUAUAUAUAUAUAAAUAUACUAGCUGAUAGUGGCCGGCCUUUCCCAGGCAGAAAUUUCUUUCCAGAAUAUGAACAGUUGUACAACCGCUAAAACAACAACAAAUUGUAUAUUAUUUGAUCAAGAAGUGCAGUUUUGGAACUAUAUUCCUGUACAUACACAUCCAUACAUCCAUUUACAUUUACACACAGAGCUACCGUAGAAAUACUAGACAAUUACAUACAUACAUUAAUAAAUAUACCCAUACAUACAGCACACACAUAAACAGACAAACACGCGCGUACAUCCAGAGCAGGGCCACCGUAGAAAUACCACUGCCGCUACUUUUUAGUGCCAGUUAUAGUGCCACUGCUAUUAUUUUACUGUCGCAGGUAGGGGCACCGCUAGUAGUAUUCGGCACUGUGUUGUGUUUCCAGUCUAGUAUAUUGAAGGUGCUAUUUAUAGGCCGUGCAGAAAUAAGAAAUAAUCGUGUUUAUAUUUCCUGGAUUUAAAAAGUUAGUUAAUUCAUCUGAGCGAUUUUUUUGGGUUUCGGAAAAAAUAGGGUUUCAUCUACUGUAUUAUUUUUCUAUUGAUUCCACAUUGUAUUUCAGAUGAUAAUUGAAUCCUAGAUAAUUAGGUUGUAACUAGUAAUAAAAUAUAAAAGUCUC